CCUGCACACAAGGACAACUCUUUCUCUGUCGGAUCAUGCAGAACGGGCUCAAAAAUCCAAAAUCAGAGUCUUGGCCCAAGAGUCUUGGGUUUCUCUCUUAGCCCAAAAAGUAGCAACGCAGGCCCAGCUGAUAAAGCCACGCACAGUCUCUCUUCGACAACUGACAACUCCAACAGCUAUACAAGUAAAGAGGGCAAGCAAUCUAAUCCAAAAGCCAUGGCGACACUGGCGCGGUUGCCUUCUUCUCUUCCUUUCAUUCAGAUACAUCGCCCAUCGUACUAUCCUUCCAAACGGAUACUUCCGGUGCCAUCCGGACCACUAAGGAUUGUCAGCCUCUCUUCCACUCCACCUGGUUCUGUUCCUCAAGCCAUUUUUCUUCACUUGCUCGAAGAACAAGAAGAAGACGGAGAAGAAGAAGAACAAUCGUCACAAUCUCACAACCAAGAAGAAGAGGUGGAUACGAGUGACCCAAUUGUAAGCUUCUUGAAAUCCCGUACUUCGACCCCAGACCCACCUCGCGAAGGUAAAUUCUCUCUCCAAAAAAACCGGCGCACCUCAUGGCGUCUCGCUCCUGAGUUGGGAAAUGAACCUGAACCCGAAACCAAACCUGAAGCAGCCCUCGAACCGUUUGACGAAGCAGAGGAAGGAGAGAAGUCACGAAUUUCAUCUGCGAAUGUUAUUAAGCCUGAUGGGGUUGUAGGAGAAAUUGUGGGCAUUGCAAGGAAUUUACCGGAGAAUUCAACUUUGGGAGAGCUACUAGAAGAUUUUGAAGGGAGGAUUGAUGCAAAAGAGUGCGUGGAAGUGCUGGAUUGUAUGGGCAAGGAGGGUCUGUAUAAAGGUUGCUUGUAUUUUUAUGAGUGGAUGAGACUGCAGGAGCCCUCACUGGUUACACCCCGUGCCUGUUCGGUCUUGUUUCCUUUGUUGGGGAGAGUGGGAAUGGGUAACAUGCUGAUGGUUUUGUUUAUGAAUUUGCCUAAAGAGAAAAAGUUCAGGGAUGUUCAUAUUUAUAAUGGGGCAAUUUCUGGGCUUAUGCACUGUGGAAGGUAUGAUGAUGCCUGGAAGGUGUACGAGGUAAUGGAGACAAAUAAUAUCCGUCCUGAUCACAUCACAUGUUCAUUGAUGAUAACAAUCAUGAGGAAAAGUGGUCGCAGUGCAAAGGAGGCGUAUGAAUUCUUUGAGAGAAUGAAUAGGAAAGGAGUCGAAUGGAGUCAAGAAGGGCUAGGUGCUCUAAUAAAAUCGUUCUGUGAUGAGGGACUGAAGAAUGAAGCCCUUAUCAUUCAAUCAGAAAUGGAGAGGAAGGGAAUUCGUCCAAAUGCCAUUAUAUAUAACACAUUAAUGGAUGCAUACUGUAAAUCCAAUCAUAUUGAAGAAGCUGAAGGCCUCUUUGCUGAGAUGAAAACAAAAGGUCUCAAGCCUACAAAUGCAACUUUUAACAUUCUUAUGGAUGCAUACAGCAAAAGAAUGCAACCUGAUAUCGUAGAGAGACUACUGAAAGAAAUACAGGAUCUGGGGUUGGAACCAAAUGCCAAAUCCUACACGUGUCUGAUUAGUGCAUAUGGGAGGCAGAAGGAGAUGAGUGACAUGGCUGCAGACGUAUUCUUGAGGAUGAAGAGAGUUGGUAUAAAACCAACUUCACAUUCAUAUACAGCUCUGAUUCAUGCUUAUUCAGUUGGUGGCUGGCAUGAGAAAGCGUAUAUUACAUUUGAGAAUAUGCUUAGGGAACAAAUCAAGCCCUCCAUAGAGACCUAUACUGCUCUGUUAGAUGCAUUUAGGCGUGCUGGUGACACAAAAAAAUUGAUGCAAAUAUGGAAAUUGAUGAUCCAUCAAAAAGUUGAGGGGACACGGGUGACCUUUAACAUUCUUGUGGAUGGUUUUGCUAAACAGGGUCACUACAUUGAGGCAAGGGAUGUGAUAUCGGAAUUUGGGAAGAUUGGUUUGCAACCAACAGUAAUGACAUAUAACAUGCUGAUGAAUGCAUAUGCAAGGGGAGGGCAACAUGAAAAGUUGCCGCAGCUGUUGAAAGAGAUGGCAACUCUUAAUCUAAAGCCCGAUUCUGUUACCUUUUCAACUAUGAUUUAUGCUUACGUUCGUGUUCGAGAUUUCAAGAGGGCAUUUAUUUAUCACAAAAUGAUGGUGAAGACUGGCCAAGUGCCAGAUGUCAAGUCUUAUGAGAAGCUUAGGGCGAUUUUGGAUGUAAAAGCUGCUAAGGGAAACAAGAAGGAUAGGAGUGCCAUUCUCGGUAUCGUUAAUAGCAAAAUGGGUUUACUGAAAGCUAAGAAAAAGAGAAAGAAAGAUGAAUUCUGGAAAAACAGGAAGAACCGUCCAAGAAUUCGAAAUGUCGCUCGUGAAUCGUGAUGGGAAGUAACAGAAAUAUUCGAAGCUCAUUAAAGUUUGGUUGGCCUGUGUUGACAAGAUGAUUCCUAUGAGUCAAGAUUAGAUGUAUGCUCCAAGAAGCAAACACGUGUUUGCAUGAUAGAGGGCUUAACAAAAUGUUGGCCUUUGUAUUUCAAGCAAGUAGAUGAGCUGCAGCGGACAUGCUGGGGGUCUGGGGCUUCCAGCGGCUGACAAGUCAGCAUCUCUGCUUUGUUUAUCACUCUUUCAUGCCAGCAGUCUGAAGCUUUUAAUACGUGCAAAUGGUGCAAUAUGCUAUCUGAGGAUGUUGCAUUGGUGACCAUGGAGAAUACCGUACAGGUGGCCUGGAGGAUGUUUACAAGUUAGCUUCACCAACAGUUUCGGGGCAAAUACAGAAUGCAGAUUUGGUAGGGUACUUGAAGAACCAGCAUUUAUGCAAUAUGUAGCUAAUGGAACCAGAACCGGAACCAGAACCACAGUUCACCACUUAGGCUCACCGGAGUCAUCUCAAUUUUGAUGCUGCCAACUCUUUGUUGCCAUGGGUAGGCUGCCAAGUUAUUAACAUUUAUGCAGAACUGUAAAAUUUGUAUUAAUGACUUGAUGAUAUUCAAGAGCAGACGAAAGAGAAGACUUUCUGUGCACAA